AUGUCCUACAGUCCGCCUGAAAAGCGGCGAUGUGUGUUUAAUCAUAAGAAGAAUACAGAUGAUACUGAUGAUGCUUUAUUACUGUCGCAAGUGAUGGAUAAUGAAGAUUGGAUAUACCCCACUCAACUCGACAGAGCAUCAGUGUCAUUAUUAAAAGAAAACAAAAGAUCACGCGAACCAGUAAAUACACUAAGCCUCCAUGACGAUGUAUAUGAAAUUACAGAUGAGGUUAACAGGUUGAGAAAUCAGCUUGGUGAUUCACUUGAUGAAAAUCAAAUGUUAACAUAUAAAAUUAGAAAUUUAAGCCGAGAAAAUGCAGUACUGCAGGAAAACUUGAUUCGGAUACAUCAAACUUUUGAAAAAAAGAUCCUUGAACAGAGAAGUGAUUUCGAAAAAGCUGAAAGAAGUAUGCGGAACAUAAUUGUCCAUCAGGAGCAAGAUUUAAAAACCAAGGACUUUAGAGAUCGAUUGAAUCAGUUAUCAUUAGCAGAAAGUUGUUCUUCUGAGAUUAAUAAGAGUAAUGUUGGAGAAAGUCAGUGCUCACCUUCAAUUCGGCUUAAGAAAGUUACUCUUCCGAAUUUUCAGCGGCACCAACAUUUUCCCAGAAAUUGGUUCAGUAAUGCUCCUGCAUUACGGAAAAUUUUUGAUCAUCGCAAAUCCAUCAGUGAUACUUUUCAAGUCAUUGAUAGUCAGGAGAAAUGCGAGUUAUUAUUAUUUUUUGGAAAACUUUCAUCAAUUAUUUCUUGA